AUGGGUCUUUCAGACAAGCUCAAUCGCCGGGUGCGCGCCCGGCCAGAAGAUGACGACGAUGUCUCUGUAUCAGCCUCCGGCGACGAGAUCUCCGGCGCCGAAUCCGAAGCCGAAUCCAACGGCUCUCUCGAAUCAGAGGCCCCAGAAAACAGCGACUCAGAAGACGCCGCAGCCUCAGACGCCGAGUCCGACGCGGAGUCAGACUCAGCGUCCUCGGAGCCCCCCAACGACGAUAUCAAAGCCUCACUAGCCUCUAUAUCCUUCGGCGCCCUCGCCAAAGCCCAGAGUUCAAUGAGCGACAAGAAGCGCAAGAGCAAACACAGUGAAGAAACACCCUCAACAUCAACCGUUGACGACAUCCGCGCGAAACUCCGCGAAGCCCGCGAAGCCAAAGAGCUCGCCGCCUCCAAAGUCAAAGACCAGAAAGCACGCACAUCCAAACAUGCGCCUAUGGCGAUGUCCAGCAAGCGGGCUGUGACGCGGCGCCGCACAGCAGUGGAAUUACCGCCUGCGCCGAAGGCCCGGGAUCCGCGAUUCGACGCAGCGGUCAUGGGACACAGUGGUGUGGGAAAGCAUGCGCAUGGUGGGAAGGCGUAUGCGUUCUUGGACGAGUACCGGGCGUCUGAGCUGGCGGAGUUGAAGGGACAGCUUGCAAAGACGAAGAACUUGGACAUGAAGGAGAAGCUUAAGGCGCAGAUCCGGACGGCGCAGGAUAAGAUGAGGUCUGCGGCGAAUAAGAAGCGCGAAGAAGAUGUGCGGGCGGAGCAUAAGAGUCGCGAGAAGCAGCUUAUCAAGGAGGGGAAGAAGGCUACGCCAUACUACUUGAAGAACUCUGAUCUGAAGAAGCAGGUUCUGGAGAAGAAGUUCGGGGAGAUGGGAUCUAGGGAGCGUGGAAAGGCGCUUGAGAGGAGGAGGAAGAAGAUGGCAUCCAAGGAGAAGAAGUCGAUGCCGUGGGAGAGGAGAGGGGAGGGAGAGGGGGAUGGGAUGCCUAAUGGGGGGAAGAGGAGGAGGUUGGAAUAG